AUGAGUUCUGAAUCAAAGAGUUGUGAGUCGUCAGACUCAGAUAACAACGUAAUCAUCUCCUACGAGCCAGAAACCAACACAACAGCUUCCACAGGAAAAGCAAAAACGCCUAAAGGAAGAGAGGGCCUAAAGACCGCGUUUGGACUCGUGGGCAACGACGAAUGGACUCAAUGGCUUAAAUCGGAUAUGGUGCAGCCACACUGGGCUUCUCUAUGGAACGACUUCUUAAGAAACAGGAAAGGUGGUGAACGUGGCCCAGGACUAGUCAUAGUCCAGGCAAGAGUGAUAUCUGGUGAAGCAGCAGGUAACAGGAAGUAUUCGGCAUUUACGAAGGAUAAAACAGAGUGGGACGAGGUGGAUCAUUACGCAUGCUUCCUUUAUUGGGUGAAGUAUGAGAAUACAACAAGCAGAAGCGGGGUGUUCUUUCGGACCCAGAAGACGGAAGAUGAAAUAGAUCGAUUGAUCUGGGCGUUGAAAGAUUGGCUUCGCCACAUUCAUGCUCCAUCCCAGAUAGGGAAAAGGGGUGGAGGUACAGCAAUUUUUGGCAGUGUCAGAGGCUAUCAAAAACGCACCCGAGCAACAACCAACGAUGAUCAGUCAGGGGCUACAUCCUCCACCACGAAGGAAGACACCGAAAUGGAAUUAGACACCACCGCGGUUCCUGAGACAGACACUCAAGCCGAUAAUAAGAUGAGUCAGGAAGACAAUGAAAAUGACCCACAAUUGAGCAGAUGGGAGAUGGCACUCCAAGAGGAAUGCCUUAGUAAAAAGCAGCAAAUGAUCCUGUGGAGGAAAUCCGACACAUUCGAUCGUACUGACCCAUUCUGGCAGUAUGCUAUGGCCACAACCGCACUAAAAAACUGUGAGCGGGUUAUAGGUGAGGAAGAGCCAGAGAUUAUAGCAGACCUAGAAACGAUAGAAGAGGAGGUUGACGUAGCGGCCUCAUCUGUUAUGAAGGGUGAGCCUAAAACACCAAAGAAAUUGAGCAAAAGGGAGCUUAAGGCUAAAUACCGCGCGUUUGAUCCGAUGACGACCGAUAUAUUCAACCCUGAGCAUUACAAUGUACAGGAAGAAAUUGAAUAUGCGCACAUAGCAGAGAUAAGCACUGCUUCAACUGUCAUGAGACCGACAGAGGAAGGGCUGCGCCAAAUGGAAAAACAAAGGCAAUGGUUUGACAAUAAAGAGUACCAGAGAGAGAAUCACGAGGAGGCUUGUCAAAGGCUGAAUAUACCAGCUUCAUCGCAUCCCCGGUUGCCCAAUAUGCAUGCCGGUGCUAUGCUAAAAUAUUGGCAGCCAGUUGCUAUCAAUGCACUUGCAGAAAUGAAAGCAUCUGGCCAUGUAAAAGGCGCAAUCCUUGGAGACUCCGUGGGGCUUGGGAAAACUUGGGAAGCAGUAGGUUUCCUUAUGCAUCAAUACGCAUUGUUCAAGAAAAGAUACGAUGCGGCGAAAAAGGAAAAGAAGACACUGCCUCUAGGAAAGCCGACAUUAAUUGUUGUACCGCCCACUUUGGUAGGACAAUGGAUUGGGGAGAUUAUUGCCAUGACGCCCCUGUUUAAGUUAUGGGUGUAUUAUGGAGAUUACAGAGCCACAGCCGGACAUAAUGCACGUGUAAUAGAUGGGAAACUCACAAACGAUGAUGAGAUUUUUGACGGCCAACCCCAAAGGGCAAGGGUGUUAAUCCUGACCACAUACCAGACAUUGACUGCUCGUCACGGGCCAUCUACAGCAAAACUGUGGUGUGAAAAGGAGAAGAUCACCUAUAAUCCAUCUCAGCCCCCUCGACAAUGGAAGGGUUCUCUGGCCGGGCUCUUCGAGAUUGCUGUCUUUGACGAAGCGCAUACACUGCGCAAUAGAGAUGCACAAUUAUCUAUUACUGCGAAGUGGAUAUACGCAGAGUUUAAUCUCUUGCUGACAGGAACACUGUUUUUUAACAGCGUUUAUGAUUUCUCCGGAUAUGCAGGUCUGGUGCUAAAAAAUGAUCAUGUUGAACCACAGCAAUUGACAGCUCACCUUUUCGACCUACCGAAGGGGCAUGAGAAAGAAAGUUUAUUGCUUACUCAUACAGCAUUGACCAAACUUAUCUUCGCGGAUGGUAUUGAUCUCCAACUUGCAGGAACACGGUUGCGCAAAAUCCUAGCACAAUUGAUGAUUCGCCGUACGCUUAGUUCAAGCAUUCCAUUUGAGAGUGGUGUCACCAUAGGACAAGAUAUCCCGGGCUACAAGCGGAAGAUGGUAAUGAGUGAACUAAACGAGGCCGAAGAGCUGGCCUACAAGGCCCUAGAGGUCAGGUAUCGACAAUACAUUCUUAUGCAGGAUAAACACGACAAAACAAAGUACAGGUGGAAUAUGGACAGGCUUCGGAAGUUGACAUUGUUUUCAAGUUGGAUAGGCUUCCAAUGGUUGGAAAAAAGUCUUGUAACGCAAAAUAUUGCAGCAGCGUUGCAUUGCCUGAAAGAAGGCACGUUAAUAGGUCGAUGGAUGCGUGCCAUUGAAGAUUGCAAAGUCCUGGACAAUGAAAGUUCAGUGAUAGGGUUUUACAGAACAGCCUAUAAGGUUGCUCAGGAGAUUGAAAGGCCUACCUUCGCUCUUGAAUUUCUCUUACGGGGCUCACCUAAAAUGAGAAGUAUGAUCCCAAUUAUCAGAGACCAGGUGUUUUUACAUCAUGAAAAGUCCAUUGUGUGGACAAUGUGGCCAGCCGAACAAGUGUAUGUUGCUGCUUGUCUCAAGGAGAUUGGCAUAGACGUUGCUGUACUGCACUCGGGUCUUGAUACAACUGAAAGAACAAGGCUAAUCGAUGAGUUCACUAUGCAAGAGGAUAAAUGCAUGGUCCUAAUAUCAACAUUCUCUAUCUCGUCAGCAGGACUCAAUCUACAGAAACUUUGUCGAAAUGCGCACCUUUUCUCACCCCCAACUUCACAAAGCAUCGCCAACCAGGCCAUCGGCAGAGUAUGUCGACUAGGACAAACAAAGAUCGUGUUAAUAUACGAAUAUUUGGCAGAAAAAACUUUUCAAUGUUGGUUGCGUCGAAGAGGAGUGAACAAGGCACUGCCUGGAAUAAUCACAGAAUUGUCCCUUAAUAUUAACGACCAAGAAGUAAUGAGCGACCAUAAACCUUUAACCAGGUGGCGAAUUCGAAAUGACAAAUUGACUUAUUUGGAGGAUGGUGAGGAGCCGCAGGAGGGAGACAUUUUUGAUGCAAGUAUGAUACUCGAACAGAUCAUCGAAUCGAUGCAGGGCACAGACUGA